AUGGACCUAUUUCGGGUCAGGUUGAACUGCUUGGACCAUUAUCAAGGCACGUCGACGCGGUUUGAUCCCCAACUACGGAACGAUGUCCACCCCUCCCAAGCCGCGAAGGGACCAAAAGUCCCUAUCGUGAGGGCUUUUGGGUCCACCGAGACGGGCCAGAAAGUAUGCGCGCAUAUUCAUGGAGCGUUUCCCUACAUGUAUGUCGAGUAUAGCGGCAGCCUCGAACAAGAUGAAGUUGGCGCAUACAUCUAUCGCUUACAUCUUUCCAUUGAUCACGCGUUGGCAGUCAGUUAUCGCCGUGAUCAGUAUUCAAGAAAUGCCAAGUUUGUAGCACGAAUCACUCUCGUCAAGGGGAUCCCGUUUUAUGGGUUCCAUGUCGGUUACAGGUUCUUCCUCAAGAUCUACAUGUUCAACCCCAUUGUCAUGACACGCCUGGCAGAUCUUUUCCAACAGGGCGUCAUCAUGAAACGGAAAUUCCAACCUUAUGAGGCCCAUCUCCAGUACUUGUUGCAAUUCAUGACCGACUUCAAUCUCUACGGGUGUGGAUUUCUCGAUGCUUCAACUGUUCACUUCAGAGCACCCGUACCGCGUUAUACCGAGGAGGGGAACUCGCUACACUUGUGGCAUGACCAAUCAAUCCCGCCAGGGAGCAUCCUGGACGACUUCUACCUCCCUAGGACAGGACUUCCAGGCUGGAUACACGAGGAGGAGUACCGAGAGGACCUAGAAAGACUGAUCGAUGCAGAGAGAGACCAAGAAGAUCAAAGCCAGCCCGGCUUUGAUACAUUUGUCGAACAGCAUCCUUUGGCAAACUCGGUCAAGACUGCUUUGCAGUCAGUCGAAGAUUUAUUUCCAGCGAAUCUGAUGCCUGCGCUUGGUUUGGUGACAGAGAUCAUCGCCCCCGAUGAGAAUCCAGCCAGCAGCAUCGAUGUUGACGAGCAAAAGAUUAUCGACAAGCACUUGCUUGAUGCGAAUGACUUCCCGAACGACUCUGACGAGGACUGGCUUCCAGCUAUCAACUUUUCAACUGCUGCCGCGAAGGAGGGUUCGAGAACACUUCUAAGUGAGGCUGCGCCAACUCUCAAUACUCACAGGGCGCCCAGGGAAGGGUCAAGUGCCGGGCAACGAGGUAUUCUGCGGGAGACGACACCCAUAAUAGGGCCGUUCAAGGGCGUCUGCAUUAGUCGGCUGACAACUGGCAUCCCUCACGUUAUCCCUAUUCCAAGAGAGCUGCUUGCGAUUGCGGAAGUCGACAACUUGGUCAGCAAACGGCGUGGAGCACGGAAAUCAGAUAGCCAGCUCAACACGUCUGUAAAACGACGACCCUCUGCUGUGCUGGGAAACGAAUCGAAGCGCCCGAACUCCGGUCAUACACUAUCCCAGCACAACACAGCUGCAAGAAAACAAGAGGACAAGUGUAGGGUUCUGCCGAAUGUUGCUUCCGUCCCCGAAACAAAGCUGCCGAGCAAGUGGUUGUCACCCACAUUCAGGAGUUCGAGUAGACCCAAUGGUCGACAGAUAUUACCGCCGGGGCGAGCCAGCCAUGCAUUGGGUUUCCCGGUUGUCAAGAGCCAAGACGACCCAAAUACCAAGUUGCGUCUCAGUCAGAUCGACAAAGACAACUUCUCAUCUUCGGGCUCGCCAGAAAAACACGUGUUGUUCAAUACAGUUGUUCUGUUAGCAGGAGGGAACGGCUCAAAAGUCCCGUUGGCUGGAAUGACCAACGUUGGCAAAAUUGCAGAUGAGGCUUCGAGCUCGUCAAACACAUCGUGCUGUGCUUCGAAUGCACUGCAGGCCGUUUCUGACGGAAGAGUCAUUCUUCUCAUUGGGUCUUUGCCGCCCUCGAAGGCAGAUGUUACCACAAGUCUCGGCGAUGGCCAUACACCGGACGUUAUUUAUCAAGACGCGUACUACAGCAAUGAGUCGGAUGUCCCUCUGAAACCUCGAGAGUAUGCUGGCAAAGAGUUUCGUCUGGAGAGCAAUACUUUACCUUACCUUCCGGAUUUUGAUCCUACGCGUGUCUUGCAAGGUGGUGGCAGGUACGAGGAAACGGACAGCCCAGCAUUUGAUGAAGCUCUCGGCGAUGAGCAACGCGCAAUGUGCUCCUUUAGAGGCUGGGAAAUCGCCCAGCCUCCUCCCAGUUACAGAGAGGUGAAGAUCUGGUGGGAGACAAAGCAGACAAAACGAAAGUCAAAGUCGGAUUCCGCGCUCAAGUCAUUGCAGAGCCCCAAGAUGAACCAUCAUUACUCUCAGAUUGAUGGGCCAACACCACGAAACACUCACGGAUUCAAGUAUACCCAGAAGAAGAAGUCAAGUGGCAUCAAACAUGAGAUUCAGUAUAUGAGUACAAUGAGCUUGGAGGUCCAUGUUAACACGAGGGGUCAUCUUGUGCCUGAUCCGGAGCACGAUGAGGUCCAGUGCAUUUUCUGGUCAAUCAAAGCUGAUGGCUCGAUAAGCGUUAGUCAGGAAGCUGCCGGGGCCAUGAUCCAAGGCAUAGUCUUGCUUUCCUCUGAUGGGAGCUUGGCGGAGAGAGUACGACGGCAAACAUCUGUCGAGGUAGUCGAGGAGAUGGAAGAAUUAGACCUCUUCGUGCGGAUGGUGGAGAUUGUGAGAACCCAUGAUCCCGACAUCCUGACGGGAUACGAAGUUCACGGAAGCUCCUGGGGCUACCUCAUCGAACGCGCCCGCGUCAAGUACGAUUACGAUCUCUGCGACGAAUUCUCUCGCAUGAAAAGCAACUCACAUGGAAGAAUUGGCAAAGAAAAUGACCGUUGGGGCUUCAAUACUACGUCGACCAUCCGCGUUACUGGCAGACACAUGAUCAAUGUUUGGAGAGCCAUGCGCGGGGAGCUGAACCUGCUACAGUACAGCAUGGAGAACGUCGUAUGGCAUCUGCUGCACCGGCGUAUACCUCACUAUUCGUGGAGCACUCUCACGAAGUGGUACAAGAGCGGCAUGCAUCGCGAUAUGAGCAAGCUGAUGCGUUACUAUCUGAGCCGUACACGACUGGACAUCGACAUCAUAGAAGCGAAUGAGCUGAUUCCGCGGACCAGCGAACAGGCUCGCCUGCUCGGCGUGGACUUUUUCUCAGUCUUCUCUCGCGGCUCCCAGUACAAGGUUGAGUCCAUCAUGUUUCGUAUUGCGAAGCCCGAGAACUUCAUCCUUGUCUCUCCCAGCAGGCAGCAAGUGGGCGGUCAGAACGCCCUUGAGUGCUUGCCGCUAGUUAUGGAGCCACAAAGCGCCUUCUACAGCAGCCCAGUGCUCGUCUUGGACUUUCAGAGUCUGUAUCCAAGUGUUAUGAUUGCAUAUAACCUGUGCUACUCCACGUUUCUUGGUCGUAUCACCAACUGGAGGGGUAUGAACAAGAUGGGAUUUACUGAGUACAAAAGACAUCAACGACUCCUCGAGUUGCUGAAAGACCACAUCAACAUCACGCCCAAUGGCAUGAUGUUCGCGAAGCCUGAGAUCCGCAAGUCCUUGCUAGCUAAGAUGCUUGGCGAGAUCCUCGAAACUCGAGUGAUGGUUAAGAGCGGGAUGAAGCAGGACAAGGAUGACAGGUCGUUGCAGCAGCUCCUCAACAACAGACAGCUGGCCCUCAAAUUGUUGGCAAACGUCACAUACGGCUACACCUCGGCCUCUUUUUCCGGACGCAUGCCCUGCUCAGAGAUUGCGGACAGCAUCGUUCAGACUGGACGAGAGACCCUUGAAAGAGCGAUUGCCUUCAUCCACUCACAAGAGCGGUGGAACGCUGAGGUGGUGUAUGGUGACACAGACAGCUUGUUCAUCCACCUCAAGGGCAGCACAAAAGAUCAGGCUUUCGACAUUGGUAACGAGAUUGCCAAGGAGAUUACCGACAUGAACCCGAGGCCCGUCAAACUCAAGUUCGAGAAGGUUUACCACCCGUGUGUCCUUCUCGCCAAGAAGCGUUACGUCGGCUACAAAUACGAAAGCAGAACCAGGUCAAGCCCGACUUUGACGCCAAGGCAUCGAAACGCCGACCUGAGUCAGGUCAAGGCAUACUUUCAAGCGCAAUGUGAAAAGAUCAUGCGCGGCGCCGUCUCCAUUCAGGACUUUUGCUUCGCCAAGGAAGUCAAGCUCGGCUCGUACAGCGACAAGGGCCCGCCGCCGCCGGGCGCCAUGAUCAGCACGAAGCGCAUGCUCGAAGACGCCCGCGCAGAGCCGCAGUACGGCGAGCGUGUGCCCUACGUCGUGGUCACCGGCGCGCCGGGCGCUCGACUAAUCGACCGCUGCGUGGCCCCCGAAACGCUCCUGCGCGACUCGCAAUCACAGCUGGACGCCGAGUACUACAUAUCGAAAAAUCUCAUCCCGCCGCUCGAGCGCAUCUUCAACCUCGUGGGCGCCAACGUUCGCCAGUGGUACGACGACAUGCCCAAGGUGCAGCGCGUGCGCCGCCUCGAGCAGCGCACGGGCGCAGCAACGCGCCUGGGUCAGGGCCUAGGGCAAGGCCAGGGCCAGGGGACCAGCCGGAAAACUCUCGAGAGCUACAUGAAGUCGGCCUCGUGCAUCGUCUGCGACGUCAAGAUGAAGGUCGAGGGCACGCUCUGUGAGCGGUGCCGCAGCGACGUCCCGCCGAGCAUCCUCAACCUGCAGAGUCGUCUUAUGCGCGAGGAGAAGAGAUAUCUCGACGUCGUCAAGCUGUGCCGUAGCUGCGCGGUGCUGCCGCCUCUCGAUGACGUGGCGUGCGAUAGCAAAGAUUGUCCCGUCUUCUACUCAAGGGUCAAACAGGCCACCAGACUAGCUGCCGAGAGGAGCGUGCUUGAGCCGGUGAUCAAGGAGCUCGGCGCCGAGGCUGCCAGGGCGGCUUUGGAGUGGUAG